AUGUCUGACGAGCCAGUCGUAGUGCAAGCGUUUGAGAAACUCGAACUGGAAACAGCCUCAUCCAGCACCAGCAGCAGCACUAGGAAACCUAUCACCACCCCAGAGACAGUACCAAAUCCAUUUAUGAGGCGCAAGAGGUCCAAGUCGCUCUCCAGCAUCAACAUCUUCAGCACAACUGCAUGCACAUGCAAACACCACAUCAAUCGAGUGAAAAACACCACCAGCUUCAAGCGGAACAUCAAUAAGAAGAUACUCAAAGAGCCUGUGCUAAAAAUACUAAACAAAUGUUCCAAAUGUAAUUGUGUGAAGAAGUCGGCUCAGAAUAAGGAUGAGCAAAGACUUAAGUUGGAGAAGUUGUUUGGAGAUUGUGCUGCUGAGGGGCAAGAGACUGAUUUUAGGAGCAUUGUUGAUGGCUGCCAGCAGCUGAGUCUAGCAAAUGCCAAUGAUGGGGUGCAGGACUAUUCAUUGCCAAGUUUUAAAUCAGUUCGAACAUCUAAGAGUGGUGCGUCUACGUCGAGAACGGAAAAAACGGACAGCUCGAAUGUGAACGCGUCAUGCUCGCAUCAAGCGCGUAUGUCUCCGCCGUGUGACGUGACCAUUGACGAAUUGGCCAGUUAUUUUGAGACGUUUGUGCAUAUUCCGAAAAAGAUGAGUUCGAUGGCGGAGAUGAUGUAUACAUAAAGCUAUACAUUAUGUUGUAUUAUACACUGUUCUAAUUCAUUAUAUACAUAUGUUUAAUGACAUUUGAAUUAACAUGGAUUUAGAUUUAGAAUGAUGCGCAUAAGUGUAGUAUAGAUGUUGAAAAAUAAGUACAACUUGAUUUAAGUUCUGUUUAAACAAUUAUACUACACUUAUUCUGAUAAAUGCAUAAAAAUCUGUGAAUUCGUUUGUUAGAGUUUUUGACUUAGAAGACUAGAUAAUUUAAUGGCCACAAAACAAUUGCAAGACACGAGCCAAAACAUAUUUAUCUGGAAAUUUAAAGAAUUAAUGUUUUUUUCGCUUCUGUUUGGAUGUUUAUAUGAUUUUUAUUGUUUUGUAAGAAAGAAAACAUACAAUUCCAAGUAAAAAAUUUGUUGAGACAACGAAAACUAUUAGCAAUAUAAGUCAAAUUUAGAAAUAUUUGAAUGUGAUUAUUAAUUUCUACAAAAUUGCAAUUUGAUAAAGAAUUCCAGACUUGUGAGGCCUGUGGCUCAUGCAAUAAUAAUGAAAACUUGUCACUUGAAUCUGAAAUGUGGAUACUGUUAGUGUUGUAUGUACAUAACAAAAUUAACUCUUGUGAGAAUCACGAACGCGCCCAGGAGAAAGUGCUCAGUCAUUAAAAAGGCAAGAAUGUAAUCGCUGCAGUGUAAUAGUAUGUAAGUUCUUACUUUUGGCUGCUUGAAUGUACGCUCCUACUCAUCGGAAAAUUUGCCAUCGUUGUCUUUGCAUUGCCGUUUGAUUUCCGAACGUGGUUUGAAUUAAAUUAUUACCAUCUGAGUUAUGAAACUUGUUAAAAUUCGAAUACUUGAAUUAAUAAAACCGAAUAUGUAGAUAA